UCAUUUUCAGUUGAUAUUCUGUCAAAUUCGCGAACGCGUCGCGCCUUCACUGCAGCUCCGAUCUGAUGGCAAGGCCCAUGCCGAAUACCCCGAUUUCGUAAUACUCCGAUCAAAAAGCUCGGCUUAUCGGCGGACUGGCCAAAUUAUAAUAUUAUUUUGUUUGUUUUGGUGCUCGUGUUUCGGGAAUGAAAACGUGCGUGGAUCGAUCGACUAUAUAAUAGAGAUUCGAGCAUUCGAAGAGUGAAUCUGCUGUGAGGGAAAUGGAGAGAAAGUGAAAUAAGCGCUCAGCGAUAAGAGAAAGUAGUGAGAAAGAUAAAGAGAAAUGCCUCAGCAGCAGGCGAGGGAUAUCAACGAUAACCUCGGCAUGGAGUCUCCCAUUUACGAGAACCUGCCGCCCAAUAACAACAACCACACCCCCACCACCCCCAAAGGUCAGCCCAUUCCGGAGCUGCGGAAAUACUUUCCACGCGAGGCGAUCUACGAGAAUUUGUGUCGCGGCUGCGGCUACGGGGUGUUUGGCGCCCAAGGACGCUUCUGCCAUUUCUGCCAGUGCAUCGUCAGCGGGGGGGUGGUGCUGAGUCCGCCACCCCCCACUCCCCGGCCCCUCACGCCCACUCCCCUUGAGAGCAGCAAUAUCUAUGAGAAUAUCUGCGAUUUGUGCCGCGGUAUUUAUAGCGAUAAUGAGCGAUGUCAGUGUGAAAGGGUCACCACUUCAGCAGCAGCCACACCCACCGUUACGCCCACCGGUACGCCCACUGCCACUACCACUACCACUACCACUCCCACCACACCCACACCCACCGCCAAGGUCAAGGCGUCGCGCACUCUCUUGGGCUACUCCAAGUCCAGUGCCGCGACCUUGACCCGUCUCUUUGGCUCUCUUAAGCAGCUGAAUCGCUCUUCCUCGCUGCAGCGCAGAAUAUUCGCUAGGACACCGCCUCCCGGCGGUUCUGGCUCACUGGAGAUCAUACACAACGUAGACGAGGUGUUCCGCACCCAGGAGACCUUUGACCUGCAGCGCAUCUGCGAGCUCAAGAGUCAGAGUCAGCAGGCUCAGCUUAAGAGCAGCCAAAGUGAUCAGCAUAUAUACGGACGUGUAAGAGAGCCGGAGCCGCAGCCGCAGCCGCAGCCGGAGAGCAAAGGCAAAAGAGAGCACGGCCGCCUGAAGAAACCGCGCGUCUCUCGCAUGCGCCUUCUGCAGGACAAGCAAAAGAGCGCGGAUGGGGGCAGCGUGGAGCCGUCCCUGUAUCUCAACGAAAGCAUUUGCCAGUGGAUGACGUCAUUGAGGCGUCAGGUGCACCACUACGACGAGGGGGCGUGGCAGCAGCCCAAGAGCGUGCCGGCAAGAGAGCGUUUGGCGAGCCGCAAGGAGGAAGAGGUCACCACAACGGUCACGCUGCGAAGGAGCAAGGAAGAGAGGAUAAGGGCGGGGGUGUCGGCAGAGAAAGACGAACAGAAUCUGGUCAAGGACUUCAAGAGAAAGUUGCAACUGAAGAGGGAGCCGCCAGAAGAGCGGGCUGAGCAACAGGAGCAUCGGGAGCAUCAGGAGCAGGAGCAACGGCGCUGUGCCAUAACAGCGGCAAUUGUGAAUGACUAUCUAAGCGCGCUGGGCGAAGAGAAAUCAACGCAACAAGUGGCGCUGAUCGAAGAGCGUUCGAAUUACUCUUUGCCCCAAAUCUCUCUCUUCGGCUUAAUGCAGAGCCUCGCUCUCGCCACCAGUUUGCACGUGUGUGUGCGUGGCUUUCUCACCGUCUAUGACAAAUCACUCAGCCAGUGGCUAUAUUUCCAGCAGCAGCAGCAGCAACAACAACAACAACAGCAACAGCCGAUCAUUAGUUAUCGCCGCCGGAGAGCGCGUGACUCAGAUUCUGCUGGAGAAUGGCGCCUGCUUCUCUUCCUCGGCGGUCGUCGCCGAGCGGUUUCAUUUUCUCCCGCGCUUCCAGAGAGUGACGACGUGUUGUCGCAUCGCGCGGUUCGAGUUCUGCCCAAGCGAAGUGCUAAGAGCGUGACUGUGAGCGAGGGUGAGGGUGUCGUCGGUGUGGGUGAGGGAGACGGAGUGAGUGUGAGCGGGGGCGCAAGCUCCAUCAGCAGAAGCAACAAUAACAACAGCGGCAUAAACAGAGCUUUGAUGGCGGCGCCAAAGCCAAAUGGCGAGGAAGAGCGCCCCAUUGGCAACAACAAUUCCAACAGCAACAACAGCAGCAUCACCAACAACAACAAUAACAACAGCAGCAAUAAUUGCAGCAGCAACACCAACAAUAAUUGCAACAGCAACAACUACAAUCACAGUGAUGACAAUGAAAACGGUAGCAACAACAACAACAGCAACAGCACCAGUUGCAAUGUCAGCGAACAACAACAACAGCAGCUAAUCACACAGAAUUGCGUAAUCAAAGUUCGACGUCCGGCACCAAAAGUUCCCGUUCGAAAUCCCAACACGUCUUUAAGUAAUCCCCGCCAGGCCGAAGAAGUGCUGGCACAGCCAAACGCCCUGGAAAUGGAUAACAACUCUGCCGAGGAGCAUCCCGAUCAAGAGGAGGAGGAGGAGUCCAUUUACCAACCCAUUUGGCAGUUUAAGACCAUGGAACCCGCUGAUCAGGAAAUUAUCGAAGCUCUGCCGGCAGAAGGCGAGGAUGAGGAUGAUGAGGAGGAGGACGAGGACGAGGAUGGGGACGGGGACGGGGAGGAGGACCUGGAGGACUACGACGAGUCUUUGCCCUCCGAUGCUGAUGCGGAUGUGAUGGCCCUCCAGGCGGCGGCUGUCUUCGCAGCCGGAGUUCGCCACAAGUUGUCCACAUCGACGCUGACCAAGCGGUCCAAGCUCAUGCUGCCCACGCCCCUGCCCUCGCCCACCGCCUCCAUGGACCAGGGGGCGUGGGAGACGGACAUGGAGUUCAUGUUCUCGCGGGACAACAAGGAGGAGGAGGCCGAGGAGACGCUCAGUUUGGGCAGCACGGUGACGAAUAGCACGGCGACCUUGGGCUCCAUCAGUAGCACGGGCAGCUCCGGCUCCGGGCUGCCAGCGCCGCCAAAGGAUCUGCCGAGGCCACCUUCGGUUGUGGCCCAGACUGUGCCGCUGGUGCAUCCGAUCCUCAGGAACAUCUGCAUUUUCUACAGCCUCCGAGAUCCAUUGAAGUACAGCGCCAUAUUCUACGACUACCAGCGUUCGCUGGUCCACCAGCGAUUCAUGACCCGCAUCCGUCGUCCGGCUCCACCUCCGCCUGUCCAGGUGACCCAAACCGUUCCGCGCAACGACGACAGCGGAUGCAGCUGCGAGGAUCAGGAACAGGACCAUCAUCCUGCCACCGUGGUCAUUCCCCAGCCGCUGAAGGAGGAGUGGGAGCGGGCGGUUCUCGCCGCGGGGGCGGUGGCCGGCAAGCGGGGCGUGGCCGCUCGGGCGGGACGCAAGCUGAGGGUCCGCUCCAAUGCCCGGCUGCUGCUCACCGAUUCCGUGUUGGCGUGGCGGGAAACGCUGCAAGAUGUCCACUGCUGCGAGGACGAAGAGGACAUGAUUGUGCCAGUGACUGACAUUCUGCGGGCGCAGCAGAUCCAGGAGGACAAUGAGGUGCAGCAGACGCAGCAGACCACGAUUCUGCAGCGCUUCAAGAGCGUCUCCAUUGGCAACCUGCGCGACCUGCCCGGCGAGGAGGACAAGAAGUCCAUCAAGAAUCGCAUGCGAAUGAAGUUCGCCGUCAACAGCAAUGUGUUUCGCCUCAACCGCUCGCCCAAGAGCGAGAAGAAGUCGCGUCUGCGUCGUGGCCAGGUGAACAGUCUGUACCUGGACGAGCAGAAGUACCCGCUCUUCGCGGCUCCUCUAAACGCCCUGGAGCUGAACAUGACCGACCAUCCGCAUGUGCCCCGGUUCGUGGUCGACGUGUGCGCCUACAUCGAGCAGCCGGAGUGCAUCGAACAGGACGGCCUGUACCGGGCCUCCGGCAACAAGGUGCUCGUGGACGAGCUGCGCAAGAAGCUGACCCACCUGUACGAUCCCCGCUGGCUGCAUACGGACGACAUCCACACGCUGACCAGCCUGCACAAGCAGUUCUUCCGCGAGCUGGCCGCCCCGCUCAUCACCCAGGAGGCCUACGAGCGCCUCGGGCGCAGCCUGAACGACGAGGCCGCCAUCGAGCGGAUGAGCCUGGCCUUCGACGACAUGCCCGAGCCGAACCGCUCCACGCUGCGCUUCCUCAUCAGGCACUUGACCAGAGUUGCCGCUGCCAGCGCCUCGAAUCGCAUGCCCUCCACCAAUCUGGCCAUCGUUUGGGGUCCCUGUUUGCUCAGCGCCAACCAAAUCCAGCUGGACAUCGGACGCAUGAAUAUGCUGGCCAAGGUGCUGAUCGAGAACUAUGACCGCAUCUUCCAUCCGGACAAUGAGCGUCUAGUUUGCUAGGCUGCCGUGCUGCCCCAUCGCUGCCACGCCCCCUUCUCCACACAUCACAAAACUUGAAAAAGCAGCAUCGAUUUAAGUGCCUCAAACAUCACCAUUUUCUCACUUUAUGUUUAACCUAAUUUCUCUUUUUUUUUGUGUUUUUUGUCAACUUUCUAUGUUUUUCCUCGCUAAUUUUAAUAUUUUUAUUACUUUAUUUAUUCAUUGGAAAUGGGCAAUUGCUGAGUCAAGCCCAUCAAGAAAAUACUUACCAAAAAGACAGUAGACUAAUUUAUUACUAAAAAAGGGGAAAAAGCAAACCGCAAGGAAAACCCUAAAAUAAAACGACGAACUUUGUGGCGGCACAGUGAGCACUGCCUGCGGCAAACCCCAUAACAUGCUGGAAUAUUAUUUUUUUUUUGACCUGACAUCAUAUAUGAGAUGUGAUAUUCGCUGCAAACUGCAAAGCGUGAAUAUAAUGUGUAUUUAUAUCUUUAUAUUAUAUAUAUUAAUAAACCAUAUGAAAUACUGAAAUAUACGAAUAAAGUCCAGUACAGUAGAUAGGCUA